AUGCGCGCCCCGCCUCUCCUGAGCACUGGUAAACAGAAACGUCAGCGGGAAGUUUUGUUGGAGAAGAAAAGAAAAGAGAAAGUGACAGAUAGCGAGCGGUACCGAGCCGGGGGCGGGGCCGGACCCGCGGCGACCCCCGCAGAGGAGGGGCGAACAGAAGGAGCGGAGGCCCCCACGCUGCCCGUCGAGGGGACUGGAGGACCAGGGGUGACCCCGAGGAAGGGGGGAUCCAGGAGGAAUGCCUGGGGUAACCAAUCGUAUGCCGAACUGAUCAGCCAGGCCAUUGAGAGCACCCCGGACAAGAGGCUGACCCUGUCACAGAUCUAUGAGUGGAUGGUCAAGACCAUCCCCUACUUCAAGGACAAGGGGGACAGCAACAGCUCCGCCGGGUGGAAGAAUUCGAUCCGCCACAACUUGUCCCUGCACAGCAAGUUCAUAAAGGUGCACAACGAGGCGACGGGGAAGAGCUCCUGGUGGAUGCUGAACCCGGAGGGCGGGAAGAGCGGCAAAUCACCUCGUCGCAGAGCAGCGUCCAUGGACAACAGCAGCAAGCUCGCCAAAGCACGCAACAAAGUGUCGAAGAAAAAAGCGCAAGGUGCUAGCGGAGAACCCCCCGCGGGAAGUCCGAGCUCGCAGUCCUCCAAAUGGCCCGGCAGUCCUUCGCACAGCAUAGAUGAUCCCGACGUAUGGACUAGUUUCCGGUCCCGCACGGGUUCCAAUGCCAGCAACCUGAGCCUGCGGCUGUCCCCCAUACUGACGGAACAGGAUGACGCCGCCGAUGACGCCCUCCACACCUCGCUCAGCUUCUCGGACAACGUCCCGCCAACCGUCUCCGAGGAAUUGGAACUUAUCGACGGCCUAACCAUGCUGUGCCCCUCGGGGGCUCCCUUGCCCGGGCCUCAGUCCUUCCCCAUGCGCCCGCCUCAGGGUCUGUCCUUCGGGAACUCCCUCUUCAGUCCCAUCGACAUCUCUCUGGCGCAGAGUUCCGGACGUUUCCCGCGUCCUCAGACCCUGGAAGCUCUUCUGACCUCGGACUCCCCUCCUCCCAGUAACGUGCUGAUGAGUCGGGUGGACCCGGUGCUGGCUCAGAGCGGCGGGCAGAAUUUACUCCUGCUGGGAGGGCAGAACAAAAUCCGGACCCCUGAGCAUCCGGCUCUGCCCCCCAAUAACCUCCCAAUGUCUGUGCCACUCCCUAAGCCAAACUCAUUCGGCGCGCCCUCGGAACGUCUUCCCACGGAUCUGGACAUUGACAUGUUCCUUGAGAAUCUGGAAUGUGACGUGGACUACAUCAUUAACAACGAGCUCAUGGAUGAAGGCGGCCUGGACUUCAACUUUGAACCCCCACACCCUGGUACCAACCAGAGCUGGCUGCCCAGUUAA